UGUUAACCAGCUGUUAACCUGGAGAGAAGAAGGAGAAACUAGUCAAAGAAAGGGACGAUGGCGAGAGGUAGUAAGAGCCUGAGAACAGUAGCUCAGUGCAUUAAACAAUUACCUUCAGCAGCCAGCCGGGAAAUACACACUAGGAACACUGUAAGAUACCUGUCGUCAUGUGGGAUCCUGAUGACUCGUGUACCUCCCCUUCUGGGUGCAGCCAUGCCAGGGCGUGCCGUUGCGUUACCUGCUCGUAGCUUCUUCAACCUGGCUGAAACCUUCUCCAAGAGGAGGGAGUACUCGGAGAGACGCAUCAUUGGGUUUUCCAUGCUGGAGAUUUACGAUGUGGUGAACGGAGUGGAAAACUACCGCCUCUUUGUUCCCUGGUGUAAGAAGUCUGAUGUGGUGUUCAGGAGAGCCGGAUUCUGCAAGGCCAAGCUAGGUGUGGGCUUUCCACCUGUGAUGGAGAACUACACCUCUCUGAUCACCUCAGUACGCCCCCACCUGGUCAAGGCUUCCUGUUCAGAUGGUAGACUGUUCAACCACUUGGAGACGGUUUGGCGUUUCAGCCCCGGCCUCCCGGGAUAUCCUCGUACCUGCACUGUGGAUUUUGAGAUCUCCUUCGAGUUCCGCUCGCUCCUCCACUCCCAGCUAGCUCACGUCUUCUUCGACGAGGUGGUGAAGCAGAUGGUCUCGGCGUUCAUGCAUCGCACCACCAAGAUACACGGCGAGGAGACGGCCAUCCCUCACGAGCUCAUGUUCCACGAGGUUCACCACACGUAACGCUGCACAAAAAGCGUCGCGCAAACACAGAUACACAACCAGACACAACGUCAGAGAGAAAAAUACGAGGCUACCUGUUCAAAACUGAAAACUGCCGUGCCUUUUUCACAGCAACGACCAAGUUUAUUCCCAACUAUCUCAUUUUUUUUAUAACUUAUAUAUAACUUAUGAUGUGUUUCCACCAGCUCGUUUUCACCUUGGUGCUAAAAACACAUGUAGUUUCCAUUUCAGUUCAUUUCCAUUAUCACAACUUAAUCUGUGCCUGGUUGUGAAACUUGAGUUCACAGGUUAAAUUGAGUGUGUGUCCACGGCCCAGCAGUGCUGUCGGUCGUCAUUGGUCAUGUGUUUCAUCACAUCUGUAAACAUCAGCUACGCUCUAUAGCUAACUACACUGCUCUAACCACCAUUUUAUGACCUCUGAAACAAACUUGAAUUCAAAAAGCUGCUUUAGGGAGACACUUUACAAGCACAUGUCUUCCAAAAACAGAUUUCAGGACGUGUAGAUGAUACAAACACAACAAUGCAAAUGUUUGAAGUUGUAGGAGAGAAGGGAGCAUUUUUUUAAUUUGUGUGGAGGGUUAGGUGAAGUUACUGGAUGUUAGGGCUGCACAAUUUUGAAAAAAUAUCUAAUUGCGAUUGUUGUGACUGAUAUUGCAACUGCGAUAUGAUUUGCGAUAUUACAGGGUAUGAUAAUUUCCACAUAAUUAUUCUCAUUUUCAUUAAAAACAUAUUAAAAUUAUCAUGGUGUGAUUUUUGCGGGGAUUUGCUCCAAACAAAGAUGUUUUCUUAAGUCUGUAGAAUCUGAUGCGUCGGCCAGGUUUAAAAAAAUAUUGCUAUUUCCUCCUCAUCCUGUGAUUUGAAAAUUGUAGUAGGCCAUAUCGAGAUUUUGAUAAAAUAUGGAUUAAUUGUGCAGCCCUAGUUGCAGCAUGGUAAUGAAGCCUAAAUAGUCAGUUUGGAUUAUGUGAAAUGUUCCUUUUCUCUUUAUAAUUAUUAUCUCAAGCUCCGUGCAAGAGUGCAUGCAAGAAAUGUACAUUUCUGUGCAGAUUUUAGGAUUGGAAAAUAAUUUAGAUUUCAGCAGUGAAGCUAUCUGUUCGGUGGAGCUUCACGUGUCAGUGAAUUGCUCGUCCCAGGUCAGCAUGUACAGGUCCAACCGUAAUCUCGAGGAUAAAGGGCAACACGCUUCCUCUGACAGCUGACCCACGUCUGAUUGAGUGAGUCAGCUCAGUGAAGAAGGAUUAGACGAUAUUCAGCGAGAGCUUGACUCAGGUGUGAUGACUGUGAAUGAAACGUUUGCAGAGGAGUUUGGAGCUGCGAUUAACAGUCAUUUUCAUCACUGAUUCAUCUGUCAAUUCUAAUUUUGCACACAAUUCUGAAAACGUAAAGCUCAUGUACAUAGAAAUAUAAUUUGUUCUAUUCUAUUUCUAUGUUCAUGUAUCAACAACUGCUAAACUCUGUGAACAAGUUCAUUGUUUUCAUGCAAGUAGAAAUUUUAAAUCAACCAGGACUGAAAUCUUAAGCAUUGUUAAAAAAUAGUGAAACAAGGAAGCAAAUCAUCACAUUUGACAAGCUCGAACCAAAGAAUACCUGAAACGAGUUAUCGAUUAUAUAACCGAAUUGCAGAUUGAUUUUCUGUCCAUCGACUAAUUGAUUAAUCGACCAAUCGUUGCCGCUCUGGAAGAGUUGGGCAUUGGAUCCAUGGCUCACAACAGAGCUGUGAAACCACAGUUGUGUCCAAAGAGACCACAGCCAUUCUUCCCUACUCUGGUUAGAGCAGUGCAGCGUGCUGAUAAUGAGCGUAGCUUGUUUAUUACGAUGACACAUUUCCUCACAUUACCUUCGUGGUUCUGGAGGCCGAAUGGAAAUGAGCACAGUUUCUGAAAGAUGUAGAAAGUAGAGAUGGGUUGUUACUUAUGGAUCAUGUUACAGAGGUCAAAGCGAGGGCGACUAUUCUUUUGUUAGCUCCAGAUGAGGCGAUGAUAUAAGCAGAAGUACCUGUGAUGACUUGAGCGUCAAGGGCACAAAGCAACCAAAGAAAUUAACGUUUAAACUCGUGUUACAAAACUCCAUAAAGCAAAAGGAAGUAAAUGCCAUGUGGCUAAUGAACAGUUACAUAUUAAACUUUCACCUCCAUCGUGUCACCACAUAACUGUAUAUUAUCAGAAUAUAUAUUCUAAGAGUAAAGGGCAAAGGCAGGUUAGAUUGUGUACAAACCGCUGCAGAUAGAUGUACUAAAUGUACUGUAAACUAUCAGCAACGCACACCUUUCAACGGGUGCUGAACUAUUAUUUUGCUUUAGUAGGGGACGGUGUUUUUCUUCUCGUUACAUAUAUACUAUGCUCCCGUUAUUAUUAAGGGAGUGAUGCUGGACAUAAGAGAUUAAGCUAAACUACACAGCGAAGUGCAAUAUCAGCAGUAUAUAGGUGUUACUUUUAAAUGCUAAGCAAGCUUGUAUACUGGGGCUGGGUAUCGUUUAUACCAAUACCCUGUGAUAAGUGAUACAGAUACCAAUAGUUAGUAGUAGUAGUAGUAGUGGUAGUAGUAGUAAUAGUAAUAGUGGUAGUCGUAGAGUAGUUAAUUUGAUACCUUUUUUUCUACUUGAUUUGAUAGCCAUCAUGUGAACGGAAGUGUUCAGUUGUGCAAAAUGACACCACCACCACAUUUAUUUUUAUCGAACUCCUGUGGCGUGUGGUAGUCAUACUUUUCUAAUGUUUUGGUGGCAAACUGCCACUUAACUGUGAAAUACACAGCGUUCAACUUCACCACAGUACAGACUCUUUAUUUUUUCUAAUACAGUACAUUAAAAAACUUGUAUCGCAAAUUGCAAUCAUGUUGUCUUUCUCUGAAUUUGAAAAACAUCCACACCGGCGACAUGUUUGACUCUCUAGUCAGCGUGCUGCGCUUGUUCUUCUUCUUCUUUCUCUUUGUGUUUAUUGGCGGAUCGCAGAUUUAAAAGGUGCAUACGCACUCUAUCGGAGCGUGUGGAUGCUGCGCUUGUUAAGUCAAUGAAAGCAAUUUGGCUUCAUAAUAUUAUCAGCCAAUAAUUUAUCAGCUAUAAUUAAAUUAUCGGAAUAAUACAUAAUAAUAUACAUUUCCCGUUAUCAGACGAUAAUUUAUCGGGCCCGAUAUGUAUCGUGUAUCCCUAGCUGUAGCUGCUGCGAUGCAGUGAUUGGCUGAGAACAAAACCAUACAAAUAGUAAUUUUUUUCUAGAUGUGGAUACAGAAUGGAUUGAAUAACGGUAUCAUUUGACUGGAAGUUUUGAUAUUACUUGGUACUGGUUUAUUUUAAGUACCGAUACCCAGCCCUACUGUAUACCCACUGGCGAUACAAAGGGCCCAAACUGGCUGGUCAGGCAGAGGUCAGGUCGCAUACCUUGACCUGUCCUGUCAGUCAGGAUUUCAGUGCCGCCCUGAAACUGUCGGACCCACACCGCUCACAGAGUGCCUCCUGGCCUAGCGGCAGCAUAUUUAUCUUUUAUUUUAAAACAUUAUACUCAUUUUAUCAUAUUUAUUAUUUAGGUUAAGUGUAAAUAUUGGUUUGAAGAUCAUGUGAGAAAGGCUUAUACACUGCUUUUAAAGAGGGUGUGUGUGUUUCAUGGGAAUGGGGAAAGGGAAAAGUGUAUAUCUACAGAUUUGGGACCAUUUACACCAAUAAAACAAACAUAUUGUGUCCAUUACUCCCACACACGUUAGCUGUGGGCCAAUAGAAACUCUGACACACAACAAUAAGUUCAUUAUUUUUUAAGUUGAAGUUGACUGGUGAGUGUAAAUGUUUGGUUUUAUUGGGACUAUGCCAGUCUUUCUACUGUUUCUGAAAGCUUUAAAAUCAAUUACUUGAAAACUAUAAAUGCUGUUAAAUUGAGUCUAAAUGCAAUUUGAAUAAAAUGACCCUCUGUUUAAGGGUAAAUAAGUGGUAUUAACAUGAUUUAAAUUGAAAUUUGUUUCCAGUGUUUUAUCAUGAAACAGGUCUGAUAUUUAGGUUGAAACGUUUAAUAAUACAAUUAGUUCCAACGGCAUCUAAGAGCAUACUGGUAGUAAACAUAUUAUGCUUAAUCUGUGUGCUACGAUAACGAACAUUUUCUCCUCUGUAAAGGGUCCCUGGCCUCCGAUAAGUUGGAGACCCCCUGGUGUAAAUGUUUGUGCUGAAUGACUUCAGAAAGAUGUACCGACUGCAUGAUUUAUAAACUAUUUUUCCAGCUAAA